UCAAAGCGGCUGGCAGCGGCGGGGGCGGGGUCAGAACUCGGGCGGCGGAUCCCAGCGCGGCUCUCUGGAGCCCGCCGUGGAGCAGCGCCCCGGCGGGGCCCAGGAGGAGCAGCACUAUGGAUUCCUUCAAGGUGGUGCUGGAGGGGCCAGCACCUUGGGGCUUCCGGCUACAGGGGGGCAAGGACUUCAAUGUACCUCUCUCCAUCUCCCGGCUCACCCCUGGGGGUAAAGCUGCACAGGCCGGCGUGGCCGUGGGUGACUGGGUGCUGAGUAUUGAUGGCGAGAACGCGGGGGGCCUCACACACAUCGAAGCCCAGAACAAGAUCCGUGCCUGCGGGGAGCGCCUUAGCCUCAGCCUCAGCAGGGCUCAGCCGGCUCAGAGCAAACAGCAGAAGGCCCUGGCCCCCGCCGCGGACCCCCCGCGGUACACCUUUGCACCCAGCGCCUCCCUCAACAAGACGGCCCGGCCUUUCGGGGCGAACCCGUCCGCAGACAGCACCCCGCAGCAGAAUGGACAGCCGCUCCGACCGCUGGUCCCAGAUGCCAGCAAGCAGCGGCUGAUGGAGGACACAGAGGACUGGCGGCCGAGGCCUGGGACAGGCCAGUCCCGUUCCUUCCGCAUCCUCGCCCACCUCACGGGCACCGAGUUCAUGCAAGACCCGGAUGAGGAGCACCUGAAGAAAUCAAGGCAUCUCUCAUGGGGCCAGCAGGACCAAGCUUGGGGGGUGGGGCCAUGCCAGGAGCCUCGGCCGUGCAGGGCCUUGAAUGACAGAUCUUACAGCCAGGUGCCCAGGAUGGAAGCCCCAACCCCAGCCUCAGCUACACCCCAGGAACCCUGGCCUGGCCCUACCACCCCCAGUCCCACGAGCCGCCCACCCUGGGCUGUGGACCCUGCAUUUGCUGAGCGCUAUGCCCCGGACAAGACCAGCACGGUGCUGACCCGACACACGCAGCCAGCCACACCCACGCCUAUGCAGAACCGCACCUCCAUCGUGCAGGCCGCUGCUGGAGGGGGCCAUGGCGGGGGCGGUGGCGGCGACGGCAAGACUCCUGUGUGCCACCAGUGCCACAGGGUCAUCCGGGGCCGCUACCUGGUGGCACUGGGCCACGCAUACCACCCUGAGGAGUUUGUGUGCAGCCAGUGUGGGAAGGUUCUGGAAGAGGGUGGCUUCUUCGAGGAGAAGGGGGCCAUCUUCUGCCCACCCUGCUACGAUGUACGCUAUGCACCCAGUUGUGCCAAGUGCAAGAAGAAGAUCACCGGCGAAAUCAUGCACGCCCUGAAGAUGACCUGGCACGUGCAUUGCUUCACCUGUGCAGCCUGCAAGACACCCAUUCGGAACAGGGCCUUCUAUAUGGAGGAAGGGGCUCCCUACUGCGAGCGAGACUAUGAGAAGAUGUUUGGCACAAAAUGCCGAGGCUGUGACUUCAAGAUUGAUGCUGGGGACCGCUUCCUGGAGGCGCUGGGCUUCAGCUGGCAUGAUACGUGCUUCGUGUGCGCAAUAUGUCAGAUCAACCUGGAAGGAAAGACUUUCUACUCCAAGAAGGACAAGCCCCUUUGCAAGAGCCACGCCUUCUCCCAUGUGUGAGCCCCUCCCACUCAUUGCUGCCCACCCCAGCCUAGCCAACCCGAGGGGUUUGCUGAUUCUGGAACCAUCGCCCCAGAUUUCUGGGUAGGGCUAGAAAAAGUUGCCCCGACCCCAACUCCUGGCCUGAGCCUGGGGUCCCCUGGGCCCCACCCCCAUCACCUCCCCCGACUCCCUCCACCACCUCCGCACACUGGUGCUGGCCACACCGGCCCCUGCUCACGUCCAGUGCUACAAUAAAUCUUUCUCCAGCUGCA